UUCACAUUCAAAUAAAUUAUCAGAUAAAUAUUAAAUUUUAAAAUGUUAACAGUACUUAUUCCAUCAAGUAUUAAGAACUAUACAUCAAGUACAUUUGUAUCUCUUGGUCACAAUUACUUAUUUAAAACCUUUUUACCACAAAUUAAAAAAGGUCAAUUAAAAGUAGAAAUUGUUGACGAAAACUAUCCAAACUAUAAAACAAAUGGCAAUCCAAUGGUAUUUGGUAGUCUAGAUAGCGACUAUGAUUACGAAAAUGUAAUGGUUACAUUAACUAUUAAAAAUCUUUAUAAUUUUAUGAUUAAAAUUUUAUUUAGCCAUGAUAUUGGUUUAGGUGAAUCAUUUAUUUUAGGUGAUUUCGUUGUUAGUAAUUUAAAAGAAUUCAUUAAAAUUUUCCUUCUUAACUUUGAAACAACAACUGAAAAUAAAAAUAAAUUGUUUACAUCGAUUAAUGAUAACAUUAAUCUUUUUGUAAACUUCCUUUAUAACAAAUCAGUUGAUAAUUCAAGAGAUGCUAUUAAAACCCAUUAUAAUAUUAGUAAUGAAAUGUAUGAAAUAAUGUUAGGUCCAGCCAUGUGUUAUUCAAGUGGUUUAUUUAAACACAAGGGCGAAGAUUUAUAUGCUGCCCAAAUGAGAAAAAUACAUACCUUGCUUGAAAAAUCAAAUAUUUCCAAAGAUGAUCAUAUUUUAGAAAUAGGUUGCGGUUGGGGAACAUUAUUAAUAGAAGCUGCUAAAAAAUAUGGCUGUCGUGCUACUGGUAUUUCAAUUUCAGAGGAACAGGUAAAAUAUGGUAGAGAUUGGGUUAAAAGAGAGGGAUUGGAUCACUUGGUCGAUCUCCAAGUUUGUCACUAUAGAGAUGUAAAAGGCAAAUACUCUCGUAUUGUUUCUGUAGAAAUGAUGGAGCAUUUAGGUUCUGAACACCAUGGUGAAUUCUUUAAAAUUGUAGAUAAUCUUUUAGAACCAAAUGGACUUUUUGUAUUCCAAGUCAUCACAUGUAGAGAUAAAGAUUAUGAACAUAAGAGAAUGGGAAAAGAUGUAGGUUUUAUUAACAAAUAUAUUUUCCUUGGUAGUGAGUUAGCAUGUGUCACUACCAUUGUUAAUGCCGCCACAACCCAUUCAACAUUGGAGCUUCAAAAUGCUGAUUCAAUUGGACCACACUAUUCAUACACUUUGGAUGCAUGGAGGGAAAAUUUAAUUAAUAAUUCAGAAAGGGUAAAACAAUUAGGUCUUGAUCAACAAUUUAUUAAUAUGUUUGAUUUCUAUUUAAGCUCAUGUUCCGCUUGCUUUGAAACCAGAUAUAUUAAUGAUUUCCAAUUUGUUUAUUCUCGUCCUUUAAACACCAAAAAUUUAAAAACUCAAUUUUAUAAUUAAAUAAUAUAUUUUAAUAUAAUUAAUAACAAAAAAAAAUAAAAAAAAAAAAUAAAAAAAUAAAAAUAAAAAAAAAAAGUAAAAGUAAAAAAAAUAAAAGCCAGUUAUAUUAAUAUAUUUAUAUUUAUAUAU